UCAGAGCAGCUGGUGAUAAGUGUAGCCAAGAUUCAGACUGUGUUUGCGACGAUGGUUUCACUGCAAAAUGUCACGACAAUAGCUGCCGAUGUCGCCAUCACGGACAUCACCCCAACAACCACGCUGGUAGAGCUGCUGGUGACUCUUGCUCAGCGAAUUCUGAUUGCGACUGUCCACAUGGAUUUGUUGCUCAUUGUAGAGAUAGCAUUUGCCGGUGUCACCACGAUGGACACGUGACCCAUCACCCACAUACACAUCUCCCGGAUAAUCACCAUCCCAACAGCCACGCUGGUAGAGCUGCUGGUGACUCUUGCUCGGUGAAUUCUGAUUGUGACUGUCCACAUGGAUUUGUUGCUGAUUGUAGAGACAGCAUUUGUCGAUGUCACCAUGAUGGACACGUGACCCAUCACCCACAUACACAUCACCCGGAUAAUCACCAUCCCAACAGCCACGCUGGUAGAGCUGCUGGUGACUCUUGCUCGGUGAAUUCUGAUUGUGACUGUCCACAUGGAUUUGUUGCUGAUUGUAAAGACAGCAUUUGCCGAUGUCACCAUGAUGGACACGUGACCCAUCACCCACAUACACAUCACCCGGAUAAUCACCAUCCCAACAGCCACGCUGGUAGAGCUGCUGGUGACUCUUGCUCGGUGAAUUCUGAUUGUGACUGUCCACAUGGAUUUGUUGCUGAUUGUAAAGACAGCAUUUGCCGAUGUCACCAUUAUGGACACGUGACCCAUCACCCACAUACACAUCCCCCGGAUAAUCACCAUCCCAACAACCACGCUGCUAGAGCUGCUGGCGACUCUUGUCAACAUAACUCAGACUGUACCUGUAACGAUGGCUUUACUGCACAAUGCCACGACAAUUCCUGCCGAUGUCAUCAUCAUGGACAUCAUCCAUUAAGAAGGUGA